AUGACCUUUUCGGCCGCCGAGCGUCUCGAAGCAGAACUUUCACUGCUCUCAGCAAUGUACCCUUCAACAUUGACUUUCACGCCACAGUGUCGAGAAGUCAACUAUACAUCCAUCAUUUCGUCGAAGAGCACCAUGACACUCCGACUACCGGACCAGUAUCCGGAACAAGGACUUCCAGAGCUGAUUUCAGCGCGAGAUGGGCCUACGAAGAGCGACGUGCGCGACGAGACAAGGCGAGCAAUUGAGAUGUUAGGCUUGGAGAAAGGAUUUGAGAUUCUCGAUCAGAUCAUUAAUGUGUUUGAGGAAGUGGUUUCUUCGAGAGAGGACACGGCGGCGGCUGAAACGCAAGGUGACAAAGUCCCAAACCCGGUUUCUACCCCAGGUCAAUCUCAUCCCAAGUCGAAGACGGUGAUCAUAUGGCUCCAUCACCUUCUUGCAACGUCGAAGCGGAAACUGGCUAUUACUCCUACCACCACCAGCACCGCUAGAUCUACAUCUGGAAUCUCAUCAUCGCGAACCAUCUCCGGCAUCACGAAACCAGGAUACCCUGGUAUCCUGCUCUUCUCGGGCCCCAGCGACCUGGUCAACGCGCAUGUUCACGAGCUUAAAACCUUGAACUGGCGGGCAUUUCAGAUCCGAUAUGACUCGUCUGAAGAUACUCCGACUACGAAGGUGCCGUCGACAUCUAGGCUCGAGCCAGAAAGGGAUGGCGAAAAGGGAAAUGGAAAUAUGGAAUGGGAAUUCUCGCACGGCAGAGGCAAAAUUGUCGAAGUCGAGACCAUGGCUGACGUCGUAAAGGGGAUCGUGAGCGAAAGGAAUCGAGAGAUCUUCCUCCGGGCCGCAGGCGUGAAGUGA